GCCUGGGGCCGCGCUCUCCUUGGGUUGGGAGCGAUGUCUGGGGGUGAGACGGUCUCCAAGUCCGGAGCGGGUCGCGCUUGCGAUUGCACUUCCGGGUGUGACGGCCCCGCCCUCGAGAAAGAGCCUGAAACGUUGUGGUGGAGGAUGAAUGUGAGCGCUUGUCAGGUUGCGUCCUUGGUUGUGCGGUUUGAUGGGAGUUGAGUUCUAACCGGGCGUCUGUUCCCUGCGAGGCUCCCGGGGGGAAGGGAAGGGGUGGAAGGAAGUUGGAGGGAAAGCGGAGAGGAUGGGGCACGGCUAGGGCUGGUCAUUCCGGAGAUCUUGGUCCCCCAGUGGCCGCAUCACCCUGGGGGUCCCGGGCCGAGGAGUUGAUCGUUCGGGACAAUGAGAGAUGCCGAUGCGCUGAGCGGGGUCCAGGGCCAGGUGUCAGGGUCGUGCCACCCAGCCGGUCUCUCCCCGGAGGUGUGGUUUCUCACCUGGAAAGGGAAGUAGGAAUGGUGGGACCCUUUCGCUGCUGGCUCGGAGGACUCGAUGCACGUGUGAUGUAGUCAUGAAGACUGCUGUUAGCCGGUUAUUCCUGUUCUCCUUGAGCUGUAAAUUCACGCCUACAUUUCCCUCCGUUGGGUUCGCUGCCUCCGCGUGCGUGUGCAUGGCACACAUUCCCGGAGCUUAAGGCGGGACCUUGGAGCCAAGCCCGAGAGCGCGCCACGUACCGUGUGUUGUCAUCCUCAAGACAUGUUUUUCCGGAAACCCGGGAACAGGUGUAAAGGAGCGAAGUUACUUGCCUAGACGCAGAGCCAAUCCAAGGAGUUCCUGUCUUACAGUGUGUCAUAAAACUUAUCUUCAGAGAAGAGAAGAACUGGAAAGCUACCAAAUAUUGGUGGUUUGGAUAUUCAAAACUCCUUUAUGGAUUUUGAAAGGAAUUGUGGGAGGUGCUUCAGUGAAGAAAUGGACCAGUGUGUAUAAUCAUGGAGUCUCCUUGCUAACCAUCACCACCUGCUCUCCCUGAUACGUGAGAGAGAGGGUCUGGGGAGAAGGAAAGAGGUCAACAUGAAGCUGAAGCAGCGAGUCGUGUUGUUAGCAAUUCUCCUUGUCAUCUUUAUCUUCACCAAAGUUUUCCUGAUUGACAACUUAGACUCAUCGGCUGCCAACCGGGAGGACCAGAGGGCUUUUCACCGAAUGAUAGCUGGCUUGCGGGUGGAGCUGGCAUCCAAGCUGGACCACACCUUGCAGUCUCCCUGGGAGAUUGCAGCCCAGUGGGUGGUUCCCCGGGAAGUGUAUCCUGACGAGACACCAGAGCUGGGGGCAAUCAUGCAUGCCAUGGCCACCAAAAAAAUCAUUAAAGCUGAUGUGGGUUACAAAGGGACACAACUGAAAGCCUUACUGAUACUUGAAGGAGGACAGAAAGUUGUCUUCAAACCUAAGCGGUAUAACCGAGACUACGUGGUAGAAGGCGAACCCUAUGCUGGUUAUGACAGACACAAUGCAGAGGUGGCAGCCUUUCACCUGGACAGGAUUCUGGGUUUUCGCCGAGCCCCGUUGGUGGUUGGCAGAUUUGUUAAUCUUCGGACAGAGAUCAAGCCUGUGGCCACGGAGCAGCUCUUGAGCACCUUCCUAACUGUAGGAAAUAAUACUUGUUUCUAUGGGAAGUGUUAUUACUGCCGAGAAACAGAGCCAGCUUGUGCCGACGGAGACAUGAUGGAGGGAUCUGUUACCCUCUGGCUUCCAGAUGUGUGGCCUCUGCAGAAACACCGACACCCCUGGGGCAGGACUUACCGAGAGGGCAAACUGGCCAGGUGGGAGUACGAUGAGAGCUACUGUGACGCAGUGAAGAAAACAUCCCCUUAUGACUCCGGCCCGCGUCUCUUGGAUAUCAUUGACACGGCUGUUUUUGAUUACCUGAUUGGCAAUGCUGACCGCCAUCACUAUGAGAGUUUUCAAGACGACGAGGGUGCCAGUAUGCUCAUCCUUCUCGAUAAUGCCAAAAGCUUUGGGAACCCCUCGCUGGAUGAGAGAAGCAUUCUUGCCCCUCUCUAUCAGUGUUGCAUCAUUCGGGUUUCUACCUGGAACAGACUGAAUUACCUAAAGAAUGGUGUGCUGAAGUCUGCCUUAAAAUCUGCCAUGGCCCAUGACCCCAUCUCCCCAGUGCUGUCCGACCCACACCUGGACGCUGUGGACCAGCGGCUCCUGAGCGUCUUGGCCACUGUGAAGCAGUGCACGGACCAGUUUGGGAUGGACACUGUGCUGGUGGAAGACAGGAUGCCUCUCUCUCACUUGUAAUUUGCAGCACAGAAUAACUGAAACUUCUUUUUACAAAGAUAGAGAAACAGCACAAUCAAUUCCAAAUGGUAUGAGAUGGAUUGGAAAUGGCCGGCAGCAAGUUCUGGUGAUGGGACAGAGUGGCCUUGGAUUUCAUAGGUGUUUUCCAUUGUAGAAACUGAAGUGAGGACUGUUAGUUCAGAACAUGGAAUAUUCUGCUGAGUUACGUGACGUCCUCGGCCCUUGCCCGUUCUAGUGAGCAUCACAGUUGGUCAGUCUUAAGUCUCAUGCCAAAGGACAACAGGUGUGACGUUUGGAUAGGUUCAUGCUGGGAUUGGUUCUGGAGUGGGUAUUUGGAGUUCAUUCUGACCAUACCU